AAAAAAAUAAAAGAGCAGAUAAACAGUGUGAGAGCUUGGAGGCUUUUAAGAGCGAUUGAUCUUCUGGUUUAUUUUGUGUUUAAUCCCAUCCCCCCCUCUCUGUAAUCCCCGCUUCUCUGAAUCCCUUUCUGUUAAUCAUCUGUCUUUCAAAAAGUGAUGAUUUUUGGGUUUGUUUUUCUAAAUUAACAUAAAAAAAGCAAACUUAGAAGGAUUUUUCUCUCGAAAGCCAGGUGUUUUCAGAAUCGAGAUCCAGGUUUUAUGUUUUUAUUUUUAGCUAAAUUUUAAUUUUUUUGUCCUUUGAAAAAAUCAGUUUGGAGGGUUAAUUUUUGGUCCCUCAAGGUUGGUUUUUUGUUUGAUUUUCUGGGAGAAAAAGAGGUUGAUUAUUUGAAAUCUCUUUCCUGAAAAACCCACUUCCUGUUCUUUAAUUUUGACAAGAAACAGGUUGAUUUCUAGGUUAAUUAAUUUCUCUGUUGUUAAUUAUUAUUAUUUUAAAUUUUCGUGAUUUGAGUGUGUUUUGAAGGCAUGGCAACUACAAUGGAUUUCUACAGUAGCAGAGCAGCUUUUCAAUCAUCAUCAGAUCCCUUCGGAGGUGAGCUGAUGGAAGCACUUGAGCCUUUUAUGAAAAGUGCUUCUUCAUCGCCGCCGCCGCCGUCUUCCCUCCCCACCACCGCCACGUCUCCUCCUUCCUUCGCCCCUUUCCUUCCCUCUUUCCCUUCUUCCUCCUCCUCCUACGACUUCCUCUCUUCCUCAAACCAGCCCAGUUUCUACGAUUACGGUUGCUCCACCUCCUCCAUGACCCAAUUGUUUUCAGAUGGGUUAUUUGAGAAGCACCACCAGCAACUGCCGUCAAUCGGGCUGAACCACCUGACCCCUCCCAGAUCCACCAAAUCCAAGCCCAGAUCCAGUCCCAAUCCCAAUCCCAAUCCCAACCCCAACAAACCCAAAUCUCUUGGGAAAAACCACCAACAAGUUUCUCAGCCGUCGUCUCAUACUCUCAGCUUCCUCGGCCCCAAACCCGUCUUGAUGAAGCAGGUGGGCUCCUCCGGUUCGCCGCCGAAACCCACCAAGCUUUACAGGGGUGUCAGGCAACGCCACUGGGGCAAAUGGGUCGCUGAGAUUAGGCUCCCUAAGAACCGCACCAGGCUCUGGCUAGGAACUUUCGACACGGCGGAGGAAGCUGCUCUGGCUUACGACAAGGCAGCUUACAAGCUCAGAGGCGACUUCGCCAGGCUCAAUUUCCCGCACCUCCGCCACAAUGGGUCAGUCGUCGGAGGCGAGUUCGGCGAGUACAAGCCUCUGCAUGCUUCUGUCGACGCCAAGCUUCAAGCCAUCUGCGAAGGCUUGGCCGAAACUCAGAAACAGGGCAAGGCAGCGAAGCCCGCCAAGAGGUCAUCCGCUGCAGCGAGCCGACAGCCGGCCCCGGAGACUUUGGCCGUCAAGGUUGAAACCUCGUCGCCGGUGAUGACUGAUAGCGAGGGGUCUGCCGGGUCUUCGCCGCUUUCCGAUCUGACUUUCGGCGACUCUACGGAGCCGUGGGAGAACAGCGGCGCUUCCGAGAGCACUGCCGUGUUAGAGAAGUACCCGUCCGAGAUUGAUUGGGCUUCGAUCUUCAGUUAAUUGGUGUUGUUAAUCAUGUUUAAUUGUAAUUGGGUAUGGUUUAGUUACAAGUAAUUAAGUUGAUUGGGGGUUCUAGUGGCUACUGCAAUCAAGUUUUUGGGAUAUGCAGAGCUACAUUUGAAUUAGGGUUUUAGUUGGUCCAAUUGGGGUUUUAGUAUGUUAAUAUGAUGUACAACAUCUCCGCCAUGGUGGGCUGGUUUUUUUCUUGCUAGACCAUGAGUGAUUCAAUAUAUGUAUGUAUGAUUCC